GUAGUUACCAAUUCGAAAGGAUACCUGGAACUGAACCUGAACGGACGAGACUUGAGGGCAAUCCCGCCGGAAACGCUCCAACUGACGGCCACACAUGUUCUACGUCUGGCACACAAUUACAUCGAUUGUCUCCCUUUGAUGAUCGCUUACUUGAGGCUGCUGAAAGUUCUAGAUCUCCAACACAACCUGCUGCCCAGCCUGCCAGAGACCCUGGUCAACUGCCGCCAACUGUCCGAGCUCUACCUGACAGCCAACAGACUGUCCGAGUUACCCAAGAGCAUCGGUGGACUGAAGAAUCUCAGAGUCCUGGCCAUUGGAGAAAACCAGUUUGAACAGCUGCCACAAGAGGUGGGUCUGAUGACAAGUCUGCGAAUCCUCGACAUUCACGGCAAUAAACUGUGGCAUCUGCCCUUUUCCCUGCAAGAACUCAAACACCUGACGCAACUGAACGCCAGCGAUAAUCUGUUUGAUCAUGUCCCUUUAGUCAUAACGAAGAUUACCUCCCUUCAAAAACUCAAUCUUGCAAAAAACCGACUGGCAUCCCUGCCUGUGGACUUCAAUGCCCUGAGAGGCCUGCAGGAGCUGAACUUGAGCCAUAACUCUUUUGUGUCCAUUAGUUCCCUGCUGACCAGCUUCAAACACCUCAAAUAUCUGAGUCUGGCAAACAACAGGCUCAAGUUUCUGCCUCCUCAAAUGUCACACCUACAGAACCUUCGCGUGCUGCAUGUUCAACACAACUGCCUGCGCCAUGUGCCAGCUCGCCUGAGGUGCCUCCAAUUUUACAACGUGUCCAGUAACCAACUGACCAGCUUUUCUGUUGAAGGCAUGCGGAAUCUCGUGUCCCUGUCCGCCUCUCGUAACAACCUUGGCACCGUUCCUCGUGGCCUGUACAAGUUGAAGAAGCUGAAAUUUCUGUACCUGGACAACAACCAGCUCGUGGAGCUUCACGAGGACAUCCGUCAGCUGAAAGAGCUGCGAGUCUUGGAUGUGUCCAACAACCAGCUGGUGGCACUGCCUCGCUGUCUGCACAAACUUGCCAAACUGCAGGGUUUCAACGCCAAAGGAAACUAUAAACUUAGACAAACAGAACUCGAGAACGAGGAGUCAAACAACAGCACCCUGGAUUCAGCCAGCCUGAGACACAAGACUCAGUGUACAGUGGAAGGUGCAACAAAUCAGCAAAAUAAAAGGGAUGAACACAACGAAACUGCCAACAUUGAAAGUAAAACCAACGAAUUUACUAACGAUGUUUUGGACAGUAACGAUAUAACAGAGAAAACAGGAAGUAACAGCAAACGCAAACAGUUUGUAACAAUAAGCUUAAAUAAGGAAACCGAACAUGGCUUAGCACAAAUGUCAAAGGUACCAUCAGACUUGGAAAUAUACGCUAAAGCAGCUCAUGGUCACACUACGUGUCAUCACAAUUUCAAAAGUCCAGGCAUGCCUUCUGCCAAAGUUGAUGGCAAGCUGCAUAAAGAACGAACAUAUACUAGAUCAAGCUUGCCUAGAGAAUCGGAAACAAAAGCGCCUACAAAAGUGAGCUCCCUGCAGUAUCUCAGACAUCUUUUAUUUGGUGUGCCAAAGAAACCCAACUAUGUUAAAUCUAAUGUUAGUAACUCUGUCCCCGACUCUCACAGGCUGUCUGAGAAAUCUAUACAUUUUCAAGACAACGAGAUGAGUCCUCGAUGCAGGGGCAGCAGGAAUUUUCCACCGACCAGGCAGUCAACACUUUCCAGAAACUAUUCAUGUUUGGGGUCUCAGAGAAAACCGACUUGGGCCAGAAGCUUUGGUCCAUAUGGACAUGUUCAUGAGCCGAUUGUAACAAACAGGAUUCAUUUCAACAUCCCGGACGAAAGAAGAGAUGACAUGGAUGCAGAUUCAGACAGCCAUGGCUAUGGAACAUGGGGUUCAAGACACCGGCCGCCUGAUGGCUACUUUGAUACAGACAGUCUGGACUACACUGGCAGUAGUUCCUACGGUGGAGGAGAUUGUAUUCAACCACCUCCCAGUGUAGGCUACAAUGGUGCUUUUACACCGGGACAUGGCGAUUACAACGCUGCAGUAUCUGGACCCAAUGUGGACUUCUAUUUCAGUGACGACAAUUCUGGUGAAGAGGGUGGCGCAAGAAACAAGAAGUGUAACCAUCACCACACAAACAAGAACAUACAACAAUGUCAUAACUACAAUGACAUUAAAGGGGGUUGGCGUGAAGGCCAGUACCUACAAUGCGGAUGCCACUGUUCCAGUUCAAAUAAGAUACAUGCAUUAGGCAAGGAGAGAUCGAGCAGUCAAAGAAGGAGAAAUAGUUUUGAUCGAAUCUCCUCCAAAUCUGCAUUUAUGUCAACCAAAGACAUGUCUUCUUUUGUCAGUGAAGCAAAUGCGAAAGCUAUGGGACGACAAGGAGAUUCACGCAGUCAAGGACUAAUAUCUCAGUCCUAUACAACACUACACACGUCAGUCCCUGAACCUACGCUGGUCAACUCCAACAAACGGAUGACCAUCCCUCAAGUUGGAUGUUGGUUCAGAGACGGACGUGUCAGCUCUCCGACGUGUUUCAAUAAACACAUAGGCCAAUGUCAUGGCCAUUCUUGCCCUCAAGAUAACCCCUAUCACUGUGUGUAUCAUGGUGAGACUGGAGAACCAUCUCGAUCUUACCAGAACAAUCCUUCAUCAGACGCGGACCAGGCAAAUAGUUCACAAAACCAUCAGAGUUGCACGUAUAGAACCCCUUCCUCUCAGAGACUAGACCGCAGCGUCCGGAAAAAUCGCAGCAAAUCUGAGGCUCAAUCUGAACUUUAUCAUGGCGAAACUUUGAAAAAGAACACUAUAGAAUUCGACCAUGUUUUAAAGACUUCAGAUUCUACAGGUUAUGAAAUAAAACAAAAUGUCAAAGCUGCCCAAAUAAAUGAUACCAGCACAAGUUGUGUACAUGGUCCAGGACACCAAAACUCUAACUUGGGUGAUAAGUUUAGCAAAGGAAGAAAACUAAAUCCACCAUUGAGUCAUAGCAGAAGUGUCGAUUCUUUGAUGGACCUGACCAGUAGAGGUGAUUCCGUGAGAAAGAAGAGUGCCACAAGUCGGGGCGAUAUUGUGGGAGGAUCGAAUCCACCCGGCUUAGUGGGCGGGUUAGGUGAGCUGAACUUAGCUCAUAGUGAUGAAGCACAAACAGCGGGUGAGGUUCACCGGGGCGGGACCGAUUACAACCUGCUGGGAGUGUGCAGUCAGGUGGAGACUCUGCUCAACCAGAAUCUUCUACAACCUGUCAUCAGCUACCAACAUCGCGGCAGACACAGCUUUGCUGAGAAAACGAUACGAGAAAACACACACGGUCUUUGGCGAAUGGACAGCAGAUCAGACUUUGCUUUCAGUGAUGUGAAUGGUGAUGACUUUGGUGGUGGUGGUGGUGGUGGCAGUGAUGAAGAUGAGGAUGACCUUCUUGCUUUGGAGUACACCCAGCGUCAGACUUUCACAGUGACCAGCCAAGGAGGUCAGUUUGUGUCCAGUGCUGGUCCAGAGGUGAAGAUUAGUGUACCAGCGCACGCCACAGCUGACCCACUUCGUAUAACAGUGCAGCUGAUGUUUGUUCCUUCGUCUGUUCUUGCCAAAGCCAAAGAGCUCAAUUAUUUUGUAAACAACAUCGUUGCCAUGGGACCCGUGGUGUACUUCCGGUCGAGCACAGAAGCCAAGCUAAACAGCGCAGCCACCGUCACCAUUCCCGCCCCUGCUGAGGUCAAGGGAGGUCACCUGACCGUGCUAACCGUGAGACAGGAUCACUCUUGUAUCCCUUGUUCUAGUGGCUACCGAUCUGGGAAACUCGCAGCCUCGCUGACAACCUGGCAGUUUGCUGGAAAAGUGGCCGUGGUGACACAAGCCAGGUGUAAAUACAAGGCCUGCAAGUCGAUGGAACAGCUGCUACAGUGUCUCGGGGAGGCACAGAUCUGA